GCGCGCCCGCCGCCGCCGCCUCCUCCUCCUCCUCCUCCCCCGGGCCGGGCCGCGCGCGCACGGGCCCGCGUCCUUCGGGCGCCUCGGUCGGCCCCUGGGCCGGCUUUAACGUCCUUCAGAGGCCCCGAAACGGGCUCCGGGAGCCUCCAGAGCCCCGCCGGGGGUCUCUCAGAGCCGCGGGCCGUCUGCGGGACCCUGUGAUGGGCUUCAGGAUCCCUUGAACCUUCUCCCACGGUCUUUAAAAUCCUUCGGGGGGUCUCGGGGAUCCUCCCAAGGCCCUGCGAUGCUCGUUAAGGGCCUUUGGACGCCCUCGGACGGUGUCCAGGAUCCUUCAGGGGCCCUCGGACAGUCUCCGGGAUCCCUCGGAGGUCCUUCAAUGCUCUUUAGGGUCCUUUGAAGGUCCUCAGACCGUCUUUGACGUCCUUUGAAGGUCCUUCAGUGGUCUUUAAGAUCUGUCGGAGGCCCUCGGACGGUGCCCGGGAUCCUUUGUACGACCCUCGAUGGUCUUUAAUAUCCUUUGAACAUCCCCAGACGAUCCUUGGAAGGCCCUUGGAUGCUCUCUGAGAUCCUUUGCGGGUGUCCAGAUGGUCUCCAGGAUCCUUUGAAGGCCCUACAAGGCUCUUUAAGAUCUUUUGAAGGCCCUCAGAGGGUCUCUGGGAACCUAUGAAGGUCCUCAGACAGUCUUUGAGAUCCUUUGAAGGCCCUCGGACAGUGUCCAGGAUCCGUUGAAAGUCCUUUGAUGCUCUUUAAGAUCCUUUAAGGUCCUCAGACAGUCUUCGAGAUAUUUUGAUGGUCUUUAAGAUCCAUCGGAGGCCCUCGGACAGUGCCCAGGAUGCGUUGUGUGAAUUUCAAUGGUCUUUAAGAUCCUUUGAACAUCCCUGGACAGUCUUUAAGAUCCUCGGAAGCCCCUUUGAUGCUCUUUAAGAUCCUUUGCAGGUCUUCAGACGGUCUCCAGGAUCCAUCAGGGGUCCUUCAGUGCUCUUUAAGAUCCAUCGAAGGCCCUCGGACAGGAUCCUUCAUGGCCUUCAAUGGUCUUUAAGGUCCUUUGAACAUCCUUGGGCAGUCUUUGAGAUCCUUUGCAGGUCCUCAGACGGUCUUUGAGAUCCUUUGCAGGUCCUCAGACGGUCUUUGAGAUCCUUUGCAGGUCCUCAGACGGUCUUUGAGAUCCUUUGCAGGUCCUCAGACGGUCUUUGAGAUCCUUUGCAGGUCUUCAGUGGUCUUUGAAUCCAUUGCAAGUCCUCGGACGGUCUUUGAGAUCUUUUGCAGGUCCUCAGACGGUCUUUGAGAUCCUUUGCAGGUCUUCAGUGGUCUUUGAAUCCAUUGCAAGUCCUCGGAUGGUCUUUGAGAUCUUUUGCAGGUCCUCAGACGGUCUUUGAGAUCCUUUGCAGGUCUUCAGUGGUCUUUGAAUCCAUUGCAAGUCCUCGGGCGGUCUUUGAGAUCUUUUGCAGGUCCUCGGACAGUCUCCGGGAUCCUUUGCAGGGUCUCCGGAGGGGUGAGGAGAUAAGUGCAAGGAGAGAAGCCCUGUAGUAAAUCCAUCUGAGUUUGCGGUGUGGUGCUGCUCAAUUCACUGAUGUUAUGGAGCAGUGUCUUAGGCCUGCCUCGAAAGGCUGAGAAGCACGGACGGGGCUGGAGGGAAGUCAGGAAAAAAGACGCAACAAAUUUUGAGGGAUAUAAAAAUGAAUCGGGGAGGGGAGCGUAGAUUACAGGAGAAUAACUAGGGCUCCAAGGGGGGCAACGAACCGUGCUCCAGCUGGUGCCCAUGGCAUCUGAGGAGCCAGCGAAGUGCUGCCCAGAGACGUGCACGGAGGAGGGAGGGGGAGGAAGACCGCCCUGCAGUCACCUCAAUCCCUUCAGCCAGCGCCUCCUUCCCCGUCUGCUAGAUGGAGAUUUUAGCUAGGGCCGGAAGGCGAUUAACCAAGAUAUCCCAGGCCUUUGCAGGGCUAGGGAGAGGGUGCAUAGAAAAUAAAAGGGUGGGGAAGAGCGCAGCCAGAGCCUCAGUAGGAGGAUCCCAACAAGGCUACCGCCUGGCACGCUCGCCCCAACCUGCAUGAGCACCAGCGUGUCCCUCUGUCCACCGCAGACAGACCUGCUUGUUAUGCAAAGGGCAGUGGGUGAUGGCCCACCAUGAAAGCUAACUUAUUUACCCCAAACCAAGACGACUUUGAAUUUAAGACCAGGGUCUUAAAUUCAAAGUCGUCUUGGUUUGGGGUAAAUAGCGUUGCUUUAAUUAGAUUCUAUACAGAGAAAAUUAUACGUUUGUUAUAAUUUUCCAUGUAUAGAAUCUAAUUAUUGGCUCCUGCCCCAGCCCAAGUCAGCGACCGCCUGCCCCAGGCUAGCACUCAAAUCGAAGACUAGGCGGGGGAGGUUGCCCCUGUAUUGAAUUAGUCGUGGAUUUGAGUAAAUAUGGCAUAUGCCCCUCUCAGUCAGAGAGGUCACUGGAAACAUGCCAGAUUUUGCUGGACAAGAAAUAAGAAAGCAGGGAGGGGAGUGGAGGUCACAGGUUGAUAACAAGGGUACCAAGGCGGGCACCAAGCGGAGCGCAGCGGCUGGUGCCCGCUGGCCCUCAAACACAUCCAAGGAGCCCAUGGAUGCCACCCAGAGACAUGCGUGGAAGAGCAACAGCAAAAGAGGCUCGUGGUCACCUGGGCUUUCCCCAGCCAGGGUCUCCCUCCUGGUCUGGUAGACGGUGAGUUUGGCCAGAGCCAGGAGGAGGUUGACCAGGAGGCCCCAGGGCUUGGUGGGGCCACAGAUGCAGAGUGCGUAAAACAGAAGAUGCAGGCAGAAGUGCAGUGCAGACCUCGGGAGGAGGGUCCUGAGACUGCAGCCCUGCGCGCUCCACGUGCGUUGUACCAGGGUGUCCCUCUGUCCACGGGGGAUAAAAUGCUAGGCUGGACAGACCCUUGAGGGGUUUUCUUAAGCUUCCCCCAGAGAUGCUGGGCAUUGGCUGCAGCCCAACCUGGGGAUGAAGACGGGCUGUGCCAACGCUCCUACUGGGACCAGCCCCACAGGGUCCUGGCUAGAGGGGCACGGCCCCUCCACUCAGGCUCAGACCGACGCUGCAUUGGGAGCAGGAAGGGAUUUCCCCCGUGGUAAGAUUGGCAGGGACUGGGGGUUUUGCCUUCCUCUACCUGGGGUUUCCCAGUCGUAUAUUAAACCUUUUAUAGCAGCAGGACAUUGGCUGCCGUGGUCCCCCUGCUUUCCCCAUGGCAGGUUCGGCUGCAAUGUCUGGUGUUGCGUCAGGGUUGACAGGAGUUUGGCUAAGAGGUUGGACGGUGGAUUUGUCUGGGAUGCUUUGGACAGGGCUGAUCCUGCCUCGGGCCAGGGAUUGGACUAGAUGUGACCUCUGGAGCUCCCGUCCUCUGGGGCACGCAGGCAUCUCGUUUCUCUCCGUGGCUGCCCUCCUUCCCUCUCCUUGCCAGCAGGCUCAGCAAUGGAAAGUCCAGGCCGAGCAGGUGGUGCCGUUAGACCCGCCUGUGGCCCCCAACCCACCUUUCAGCGAAGAAGCACAGCUACCAGUGCCAGAGACGCCCCCGUGGCCAGAGGUCAACAUGGAGACGACGGUAGAGUCGCAUGCCACCUGGCUGAUGGCGCUGGAGGGGAGGAUGGGGAACGCCGAAAGCAAGCUGGUCAGCUGCGAGAGGGCGGCCGUGGAGUUCGGGAACCGCCUGGAGAGCAAGUGGGCCGUGCUGGAGAUCCUCAUCCAGGAGUACGGGCAGCUGCAGAAGAGGCUGGAGACCGUGGAGAACCAGCUCAAGGAAAAGGAUGUCUGGAUCCUCAGUAUGCCCCCGGGCUCCGUGGGGGAGGUUGCCAUGGUCCCUGUGAACUCGGAGGCCUCAGGCUGCUUCUCUGAGCAGGAGUGGGGGAACGUGGAGCAGUGGCCUGCGGACCUCCACCGGGACGCUGUGCGGAGCAACUACGAGGCGCUGAUGUCACUGGGCCAGGGCACAGACAGCGUCCUGUCCAGCGCAGAGAUCCCAUGUGAGGUAACCUUGGGUGAUGAGCCCAGUGUCCCAGACCAAGCAGAUUCUCAAGGCGCAGAGAGCCCAACAGACUUCAGCCCAGCCCCGCUCACAUCCACCCCCGUGGCCAGCUCCUGGGUGAAGCAGGAAGACCCACUGUGUGAAGAAGACCAGAGGGGGAUGGUGGAGACGAACAUCCCGGCCAUGCCCAGUAGGGCCAAGAAGUCUCUGCAGAAGCAAGGCACCGCUGCCCCAGACCUGCCACGGGUGGCCCUGGUGCGCCUGGAAGAUGCCUUCCCGCAGCUGGCGGAGAAGCUGCAGAUCUCCCGCAAGGGCAGGCGUGGCUUCGCAGUACAGAAGAAGACUCCCACGGGGGGCAGCACCGGACCGGCCACCCGUAGCCAAAGAACGGCCAGCUGCCCUGCCCCCAGCACCGAGCAGCUGAAGGAUCUGCCAGAAGUGGUGCCGCUGCGGUGCAGCAAGUGCCGGAAGCACCUCAGCAGCGAUGAGGAGUACAUCGAGCACAUGAACUUCCACAAGGUGAAGCGCACCAGCAGACUGGCUGUCCAGCAGAAUCCCACUCUCCAGCCCACCCUCAGUAGCCCAGACCAGGGCAACCCAAAGCCGCAGGGUGGUGCCAAGAGCGAGGGCAACCAGGGGCUUGGCCCUGACCCUGACCCUGGCUCCCUCCAGCUCCCAGAGGGUCCCGGUGUCCAGGGCCCACACACCUGUGUGAAGUGCCGGAAGAGCUUCCAGCUGGAGAUGAGCCUCGUGUUGCACCAGCGUGUGCACGUGCGAGAGAACAAGGGCUUGCAGCGGCCUCCAGGCAACUUGGGAACAGGGCAGCCGCUACCUCCAGCCAGGGCCCCACCGCUGCCCCCCGGGCAGAGGCCGUUCAAGUGCCCCAGCUGCCCCAAGGACUUCACCAGGAAGUCCCGGCUCAACGACCACGUCCGCGCCCACACCGGGGAGAGACUGUUCCGGUGCCCCUGCUGCCCGAAGGAGUUCACCAAGAAGUCCAAGCUCACCGACCACAUCCGCGUGCACACCGGCGAGCGCCCCUACGCCUGCACCCUGUGCAUCCAGCGCUUCAAACGCCGCCACCACUUGCUGCGGCACCAGCACGUCCACAACCGAGUGCCGGCCUGCCGCUGCAGCCAGUGCGGCAAGAGCUUCCGCUACGAGGAGUCCCUGAAGAUCCAUUUGCGAACUGCCUGCCCUGCGCUGCAGGCCCACCGCAGCUUCUUGGUGUCCCCGGGGGACUGACAGGGAGCCCCGGCACUGGCCGAGGUUCUCUGGGUCCAGGCUCCUGCGUGAGCCAAGGGAGGCUCGGGCUUUCUAGUUGACCUGCCGGAGAUGGGAGCCCCGCUCCCGUCGAUUACCUCGCCUCCGGCAGGCUCCUCUGAAAAUCCCAGCCUGCCACGUUCCUUUAGCCCCCCAGCACGUGUUGGGCCCUGUAGGCCUAUUUAGAGCAGCCAGCCACUCGCGGCACUGUCCUGGGAGGUGCAGUGAGCCCCACCUACAUUGUUAGCAGCGGCCCAUGAUGUGGGUGUCCAUCUGGAGGUGCCUUCCAAGGGCCAGGGUCUCGGGUGGGGGUGCUUGAGACUUCACUGUAGCAGUCCCAGAUGCACCCACAGAAAACAGGGACCUCAGCGUCAUCUGUUGCUGCUAAAAAAUGUAGGCCGGGAUGUGCAGAUCCCCUCACCAUGGAAACCCGUGGUCAUAAAUGGGGGUUUUCCCCAGGGAGAGUGUUCGGGCCAGGUCUGUUCAUCCCAGUGUAGUAGUACAGUGCUGGUCCCUCCUGUGUUGUCUUUUUCUUUUUCUUUGCCAGGGUAGCACGCCGAGUCGUUCCCCCAGGUCCUGUAGCCCCCCAGCCUAGCCAGUCAUUCCCCACUUUGUAUUUGUGUAUUUGAUUGUCCUGUCCUAAGUACAGGGCUUUACACUUGUUCUUAUUAAACCGUGUCUGAUUGACCUCA